AUGGCGCCAAUAGUGAAGAAUUCAUUAGAUGACACAGAUUCAGGCUCAGAUUCUGAUAGUGGGUCAAGUGCGAGUCGCAGUAAGAGUCCCAGCCCUGCGCCUGGUAAAGAAGGCAGCCAAUCGAGAUCAGUAUCUCGCAGCCCAGCAAAAUCAGGAAGUGAGUCUCCUAAAUCCAAUCGCUCCGCCAACUCCAGGAGAUCUUCAAAUGCAUCCAGAAGCAAGUCUAACUCACCAGCACGCUCUAACAGAUCUCGUUCAGGGUCUGCGCAAAGCAAUAAGUCUGGAUCAUCAAGAUCCAAUGCUUCUGGUAGCCCUAAACAAAGAGCUUCAAGGUCCAGAAGUGGUUCUCGAAGGUCUCGGUCAGGUUCAGCAAGUGGCCGGUCCCGAUCAGGUACCCCUAAAAGCCGUUCAGCUAGCCCAAAGUCAGGACCACAGAGCCCUAAGUCCAGAUCCCAGUCCCCAAAAUCAAGAUCGCAGAGUCCUAAAUCCCGUUCACAAAGUCCAAAAUCAAGGUCGCAAAGUCCAAAGUCUGGCGCUAAGAGUAGGUCUAGAUCAAAGUCUCCCAGUGCAAGUCCUAAGAGUAGAAAGUCUAGAUCCAGGUCCGGAAGUGCUUCUUCCAAGAGUCCAGCAAGGUCUGAAGCACAUGACAGCAGGUCUAACUCUCCGGGGCUCAUGAUUGAUGAUGCUCAGACUAAGGAAAAGUCGAAGAGUCGUUCCAGAUCUGGGUCGAGACAAUCGAAAUCAAAAAGUCGUUCCCGAUCACGGUCUAAAAGCUCUGAAGCUGAUGUCGGAGAGAAAAAGAAACGUGCAGUGCUCUCCGACUCGGAAAGUGAUGGCGGUACAAAAGCUACUCCCAAACGUAAGAAGGCAGGUUCCGACAGUGGCUCAGAGACCAGUGACAAACCUAAGAAGAAAUCCAAGAAAAUUGUGGACUCUGAUGAUGAUGAGGAAGGGAAGAAGGAAGAGGGAGAUGGAGUAACUGCGGACGCGCUGUUCGGAGACGCGUCCGACAUAAGUACAGAAGAUGAGGGCGGAGCUGACAAAGCGUCAGAGAAGUCUCGGUCUCGCAGCCGGUCGAGGAGUCGCAGCCGUAGCCGGAGCCCCCAGGAGGCACGGCGGUCCGGAGACGAGGCCAGGGCUAGUGGAGAUGAGCAGGAACCUCGUGAAAAACCAGAGGAAGAGGAGGAAGUUGAGAUUCCGGAGACCAGGAUCGAUGUGGACAUGCCUAAGAUAUGGACUGAGUUGGGCAAGGAGCUGCACUUCGUGAAGCUGCCUAACUUCUUGUCCGUGGAGACUAGACCUUAUGAUCCUAAUACAUAUGAAGAUGAAAUUGAUGAGGAGGAAACCCUUGAUGAGGAAGGUCGUGCCAGAUUAAAAUUGAAAGUGGAGAACACGAUGCGUUGGCGCACGGUAUUCGACAAGGAAGGUAACGCGGUAAAGGAGUCCAAUGCGCGCAUGGUGAAAUGGUCUGACGGUAGCAUGUCACUACAUCUCGGGUCUGAAAUAUUCGACGUUUAUAAACAACCUCUACAUGGCGACCACAACCAUCUAUUCGUCCGCCAAGGUACAGGUUUACAAGGGCAAGCAGUGUUCCGUACGAAGUUGUCCUUCAGGCCUCACUCUACGGAGUCCUUCACCCAUAGGAAGAUGACUCUGUCUCUCGCUGACCGGUCUACCAAGACCUCUGCUAUUAAGAUUCUAUCACAAGUUGGAGCUGACCCUGAUGCUGAUAGAAAGUAUCAGUUGAAGAAAGAGGAGAUGGAGCUUCGUGCAGCCAUGCGCUCUCGUGCGUCGACGCGCCCGAAGCGUCGCGGGGGCGGAGCCCGGGCCGCCGCUGGCGGGCAGAGGGACGACUCAGAGGACGAGGGUGGCGUUUCACUCGCUGCCAUCAAGAACAAGUACAAACAGGGACAGAAAGCUUCAGCAGGCGCGGCGAUAUACUCAUCAGAAUCAGACGGUUCUGACGUGGAGACGCGUCGAGCUCGUCGUCUGGACCGCGCCAAGGCAUUGAAGGACUCUGACGAUGAAGGCAGUGACCAUGCAGACCAGAAUACUCCUCGAAGGACCAGCAGCGCCAGCGGCUCUGGCAGUGGAAGUGGCAGCGAGUAA